AAUGAAAAAUUUAAGACAUAAAAACAUGAUAAAGAUUAUAAAUUGUUAUACUUUACCUAGCAUGCAAGUUGUUCUAAUUAUGGAAUUUUUAGAAGGAAGAGAUCUGGUAGAUUAAUAAUUAGAAAAAGGUAAACUUACAGAAGAAGAAGCUCGAGUUAUAUUUCGAUAAAUAGCUGAUGCAAUUUGUUAUUGUCAUGAUUAAAAGUUAGUUCAUAGAGAUUUAAAGUUAGAAAACAUUUUAUUAACUUCAAAGACAGAUAAAUAAGUAAAAAUUAUAGAUUUUGGAAUUGCAACAGUGGCAACAAAUUUUAUUAUUGAUAAAAUAGAUUUGGGAAGUUUAAGCUACAUGCCACCUGAAAUGAUAUCUGGAUAAAUUUAAUCAAUCAGACCAUCUAUUGAUAUCUGGGCGAUGGGAGUCAUAUUGUUUGCUCUUGUUUGUGGUACAUUACCAUUUACUCGACCAAUAUAAGAAUAAACAAUAUAAAACAUUUUAAAUUUAAAAUACUAGUUUCCAAAUAUCAAUUUGAGUAAAGAAUACAAAGAAUUGGUUUAAUGUAUGUUGCAUCCAGAUCCAAAUGAAAGAUAUUCAGCUUAUCAAGUAUUGGGUCAUCCUUGGUUAAGAAAGAGUUAGAGCACUCUACAAGCUCCUUCGAAAUUAUUUCCAAAAGGAAUAAUAAAAAGGGAUUACACUAAAAUAAGUGGAGGGAAUAAUGGAAAUUCAAAAAACUUGAUGACAUCGUCAAUGAUGGUAGGUCGAGAUUUUACUUGUUUACAAUAAAAUAAAGCAAAUUAUUCUAAUGGAUUAGAAUCUCCAACUUUGAUUAUUCUAAAUCCUUCCUAAAUAAAACCAUAUGAGAGUAUAAAAAAAUAGACUGAAAUUUUGGAAGCUUAGGAGCCUGAAUAGUAAUAAGACGAAAAGAAAUUAAUAAAAACAGUAAGAGAAUGAA